UUUGGUUGAAUAUCCACCUGUUGAACACAAGGCCACACUUGGAACCCUUAUGGACUGUCUGAAUGUCACUUGAAAACCUCUCAGUGUGGUCCCUAGGGUCCUUCAAGUAUGUGCUAGCGAGGAGCUCUUUUUCUCAUUUGCAUCUUGCUUGAGAACUGCUUCUACAGAGUUGCCAGCGCCUUCUGGGUAGAUCUACAUUCCUUCACACUCUGGGAUCCGUACAUAUGUUCACAUUAAGAAGGGUGCAAGUUGCUCCAAGGGCUUUGGAGAAAAGCAUUGAGCUACGGAAAUAUUAGUAUUCUAACAAGGCUAAAGUGCUAUUCACAUCGCCCUUCUCACAGCAGAAUGAAUGCAACGGCCAGGAACACGAGUCUACGUUUAAAAUAAAGUGAAGCAAACAAAAUAUAAGGAGAGGAGGAAAAGAGAAAAGCAGGCUCGCUAGUGACAAGCGUCGGUGUCCCUUCAUGCCAGGGAGGUUUCAGCUGAGCAUGCUCAGACACAGGGGAGGCACCAGACUCUAUCAGAACUCCUUCCAAGGAGGGGAGCGAGGAGAGCACGUCUAAGAACGCUAUUGCUGCAAGCCUACAGCUCUGUCCUCCGACACUGGGCACCUCUCUAGCUCAGAUUGAUUGCAAUGUGGCUCCUACUUCAUGUCAUCGUCCUGACAGAGGUCAAAGACUUUGUACUGGCUGACAGCAGUAUGGUGGCUCCUCUGUGCCAAAAAGGGUAUUUUCCUUGUGGGAAUCUCACCAAGUGCUUGCCCAGAGCCUUUCACUGUGAUGGCGUGGAUGACUGUGAGAACGGUGCCGACGAGGACAACUGUGGUGACACUAGUGGAUGGGCGACCAUAUUUGGCACAGUCCAUGGAAAUGUCAAUAAAGUGACAUUAACACAGGAGUGCUUUCUCAACCAGUAUCCACAGCACUGUUACUGUAGAGAAAAUGAACUGGAAUGCAUAAAAGCUGACUUAAAAGCUGUGCCAAAGGUUUCUAGCAAUGUGACAUUACUAUCUCUUAAGAAAAACAAAAUUCACAGACUUCCAGUCAAAGUUUUCAGCAAAUACACAGAACUUGAAAAGAUAUACCUCCAGCACAAUUGCAUCACACACAUAUCCAGGAAGGCAUUUUUUGGAUUAUAUAAUCUACAGAUACUAUAUCUUAGCCAUAACUGCAUUACAGCUCUCAGGCCUGGGACAUUCAAAGACUUGCAUCACCUCACUUGGCUAAUUUUAGAUGACAAUCCAAUCACCAGCAUCUCACAGAGGUCCUUUACUGGAUUAAACUCCUUGUUCUUCUUAUCCAUGGUGAAUAACCAGCUAGAGGUCCUUCCUGAACGUCUGUGUGCCCAGAUGCCUCACCUCAACUGGAUGGAUCUGGCAAACAAUGAAAUAAAGUACCUAACGAACUCCACCUUCCUUACGUGCGACUCGCUCACUGUGCUGUUUCUGCCUAGAAAUCAAAUUGGUUUUGUUCCAGAGAUGACAUUUUCUUCAUUAAAAAAUUUAGGAGAACUGGACCUGUCUAGCAAUAUGAUAACAAAACUACCAGCCCACAUUUUCAGCGACCUUCAUCUUCUCCAAAAACUGAACCUGUCGUCCAAUCCUCUUCUGUAUGUCCACAAGAGCCAGUUUGGAAGUCUCAAACAACUUCAGUCUCUAGACCUGGAAAGGAUAGAGAUUCCAAACAUAAGCACAGGCAUGUUCCAGCCCAUGAAGAACCUUUCCCACAUUUAUUUGAAAACCUUUCGGUACUGCUCCUAUGUUCCCCAUGUCCGAAUCUGUAUGCCCUCGACUGAUGGUAUUUCUUCAUCUGAGGACCUCUUGGCUAACAGUAUCCUCAGAGUGUCUGUCUGGGUUAUAGCUUUCAUUACCAGCGUUGGGAAUUUCCUUGUCAUUGCCGUGAGAUCUCUUAUUAAGGCCGAGAAUACCACUCAUGCUAUGUCCAUCAAAAUCCUUUGUUGUGCCGACUGCCUGAUGGGGGUGUAUCUGUUCUUCGUGGGGGUUUUCGACAUGAAGUACCGAGGGCAAUAUCAGAAGUACGCGCUGCUGUGGAUGGAGAGUGUACCCUGCCGCCUCCUGGGCUUCCUGGCCACGCUGUCCACGGAGGUCUCCGUGCUGCUGCUGACCUUCCUGACCCUGGAGAAGUUCCUGGUCAUCGUAUUCCCUUUCAGCAACCUGCGCCUGGGCAAGCGCCAGACUGCGGUGGCGCUUGCCGCCAUCUGGGGCUUAGGGUUCCUCAUAGCAGCCAUUCCCUUCACCAGCGAGGAUUAUUUUGGCAACUUUUAUGGGAAAAAUGGAGUCUGCUUCCCUCUUCAUUACGACCAAGCGGAAGAUUUUGGAAGUAGAGGGUACUCCCUUGGGAUCUUCCUAGGUGUGAACUUGCUGGCUUUCCUCAUCAUCGUGUUUUCCUAUGUCGCCAUGUUCUGCUCCAUUCAGAAAACAUCCCUUCAGACUGCAGAAGUGAGGAACCACAUUGGGAAGGAGGUGGCUGUUGCAAACCGGUUCUUCUUUAUUGUGUUCUCAGAUGCCAUCUGCUGGAUCCCUGUGUUUGUCGUUAAAAUCCUGUCUCUCCUUCAAGUGGAGGUACCAGGUACAAUCACUUCCUGGAUAGUGGUUUUUUUCCUUCCGGUAAACAGCGCCUUGAACCCCAUCCUCUACACUCUCACCACCUCCUUUUUUAAGGACAAGUUGAAACAGUUGCUGCACAAGCAUCGGAGGAAAUCGAUUUUCAAAGUCAAAAAGAAAAGCUUAUCCACCUCCAUUGUGUGGACCGAUGACUCCUCACUUAAACUUGGGGUUUUGAACAGAAUAGCCCUCGGGGACAAUAUAAUGAAGCCAGUGUCCCCAUAGUGGCUCUGCAUCAUGGAACUCUGAGGGCACUACCUAAGACAAGGUACAAUUUGGGGAAGAUGGCGUCUGAGACGGUUUCCAUCUGAGCCAGCAGCCACCCUUUCAGCACCAGGGACACUGUGGAAUGGCUGUUGACCCUGCAUUCUGGUGACAGCUCUACAACCCACUGACCAAGCUGAGAACUGCACCGAACGCCUCCCCUCUUCAUCUGCCCAGGCCUGGCAUGCACAAGAGAAUCUAUGUAGACUGAUAUAUGGUGGAUCUCCAGGUAGCCAGCACUGCCUGCCUACCCGUGACUGUCCACAUGUAGCCAUGACCAUGGCCUUCUUUUACAUCAAGUCACGCUGUCCGUAGGGUCAGGACAUCCAUAACAUCUUCCAGUGUGCCAUUGUGACACAGAAUGAACAUCGUUUCCCUUGUCCUUUCAGCGGCAAAUGAACCAUCAACAUCUUGCUGAUGUGAUGCCUCCAACAACUUUUGCAGGCUGCUGGAAUAAUAACCUUGCACCUGGUUCUCCAGACCAGUUUUUCAUGCCUUACAUGGCCAGGCCAGCGGAAGUCAUGCUGUGGGAGCUAGAGCCAGUCCCCUUUCGACUGCUACUAAGCUUCUACUUAAGCUCAGAAAAACGGAGAUCUUAGAUGCUUUUCUUAACGUUACCCAGGGAGCAGAGGAAAAUCAGGCACCCAAACUGUAAUAAGUCUCAAGUGUUUUAGAACAGUAUUUCUAUUGCGGGUAAGUUCUCGUUUCACUUAACACAGACAAGGAGAGUUAAAAAGAGACAAAAGAGACCGCUCUGAUCGAGGGCCGUUUGCUUAGUUGCACAAACUCCCAUCUCCACACAAAAGGGUCAGAUUUGUGUUGUGAAACUGAAAAAUGUUUAUGAAGACCAGGACAUUUUUAUACUGGAAGUUUAUAUAAGGGGGAAAGAAUACUAAGAGUAAACUUCUAUUUUGCA